AUGGCAGAACUCGAGGACGGCAAAAGCAGUAAGAAGGCCGCUGAGGCAGACUCGAUGCCAGCCGGAGCACUGGACAGCAGAGACGAUGAUUUAGAUUCUGGCGAGAAUGACAUAGCUAUCAUUCCCAAGGGCACAAUCGACCCGGUGUACGAAGCCAAGGCGCGGGUGCUGAACCGUGCAAUCCAGAACAUCGGCAUGGGAAGGUAUCAGUGGCAGCUGUUCGCGGUGGUGGGCUUUGGCUGGGCGAGCGACAACUUGUGGCCGAUUGUCACGUCGCUGAUUUUUACGGCAAUCAAAAACGAGUUCCACCCGUCGCGGGCACCACUGCUCACGCUCGCGCAGAACAUCGGCCUGCUCGCCGGGGCAGUCUUCUGGGGCUUCGGCUGCGACGCGUUUGGGCGACGAUGGGCGUUCAACGCAACACUGGGCCUGACAGCGGUGUGGGGGAUGAUCGCAGCGUGCUCGCCCAGCUUUGCGGCCAUCGGGGUGUUUGACGCGCUGUGGUCGUUUGGCGUGGGCGGGAACCUGCCGGUGGACUCGGCCAUUUUCCUCGAGUUCUUGCCGGCCUCACACCAGUACCUGCUGCCGGUGCUGUCGGUGGACUGGGCACUGGCCCAAGUGGUGGCGACUCUGAUUGCGUGGCCGCUGCUGGGCAACCUGACGUGCCAGGAGAACGAGACGGUGUGCCGACGCAGCGACAACAUGGGCUGGCGGUACUUUGUGAUCACGAUGGGUGGUUUGACGCUGGUCAUGUUCCUGGUGCGCUUUCUGUUGUUCUCGAUCCACGAAUCGCCCAAAUACCUGAUGGGCCGCGGGCUGGACGAGGAGGCGGUGCGGAUUGUGCAUGAGGUGGCACGGCGUAACGGCACGACGACGGGCCUAACACUGGAGCAUCUGCAGGCGUGCGAGCCGGAAGGAUACGUGCGACCGACGGACUCGUCAGCAGCAGCGCUGGCAUUGGCGGCACUGCGGCGCAAGAUGGCCGACAUGGAUCUGGGCCGAGUACGGGCGCUGUUUGCAACGCGGCAGCUGGGGCUCUCGACGGGUCUCAUCAUGGCUGUAUGGGCGCUGAUCGGGCUGGCAUACCCGCCGUACAACGCCUUCCUGCCGUACAUCCAGGCGACGCGGGGUGCCGACUUUGGUGACGGGUCGACGUACCUAACAUACCGCAACUCGCUCGUGGUAGCUGUGAUGGGCGUUCCCGGGGCGCUGCUGGGUGCCUGGCUGGUCGAGCUGCCGCGUUUUGGCCGCAAGGGCACGCUGGCCCUGUCGACGGUCGUCACCGGCGUGUUCCUGUACGGAUCGACGACGGCCCUGACAUCGAACGCGCUGUUAGGCUGGAACUGCGCCUUCAGCCUGGCCAGCAGCACCAUGUACGCCGUGCUGUACAGCUUCACACCCGAGCUCUUUCCUACGCCACAGCGCGGGACCGGAAACGCGCUGGCGGCGACGUGCAACCGUGUGUUUGGCAUCAUGGCGCCCAUCAUCGCCAUGUUUGCCAACCUGCAGACAUCGGCACCAGUCUACACGAGCGGGGCUCUCUUCAUUGCUGCCGGUCUGCUUGUACUGGUGAUGCCGUUCGAGUCGCGGGGCAAGUCGGCACUGUAA